UUUUUUUGAAGAAGUAGGGCCAAAAGUCACAUAUUAUUCUCCAAAAUCGACUCGAAACCCCCUUCGACGUGCGAAGAAUCUCCGGACGAACGACGGCAUCAAUGGUUUGGGGCCUCUUUCCCUCCGACCCCCUUCCAGGGGAAGAAACUUAUUACUUCUUUAGCAAAGGGACAUAUAAAGUGGGGCGAAAAGGAUGUGAUAUAAUCGUUAAUAAAGAUAAAGGGGUUUCACGGGUUCAUGCAGAAAUAAUCAUUGAUGCCAUGAUUUCCAUUGACAAUAUUAAAAAGAAAUCAUCCAAAAUUAGGAUUAAAGAUUGCUCAAAGUAUGGAACUUUUAUCAGAAAGCCUCUUGGAUCUCAAAAAGAAAAAGUUCAUGAGUUUCCAAAUAAGGAAACAACAUUAGAUGAUGAAGACCUUGUUUCAUUUGGAACUGGUAAUGCCACUUACAGGUUUAGUUUUAUUUCCAUUGUGUUUUUUCUUUGUGGAUUUGAGUCUUCACGAUUAAAACAACUUAAAGAAAAGAUAUCAUCAAUUGGUGCUUCUAUUAGUAAUACAUGGAGCCCAAAGUGCACACAUGUUGUUCUUGAUGAUAAUGCUUCAGUAAAUGGUGUUCUAAUUGAUGCUAUAAUGUCUAAAAAACAUUUUGUCAGUUAUAAAUGGAUACAGUCACUUGCAGACAAACGUAUUGACACCAAAAUUCCCAUCUGCAAUUCUGAUCCUCAUACUUUGAUAUUGCAAGGAGUUUCUGUUAAAAUUGCUAACACUGAAUCUAGAGAAAAUUGUUUAAAUGGAUACACUUUUCUUCUGGAAUCAUCAGAAAAGUAUAAAGUUAAGGAAAAGUUGCAGCCAUUACUUGAAACAUUUGGUGCAAAAGUUAUUCCUGUUGAAGAAUUCAUUCCCCAAAGCCAGGGUUUAGAAGAAGAUGAAAACAAUCAUGUUGUACAUGUCAUCUCUGUUGAAGAGGGUUUUGAGUGUACACAUAUUAUUACAACUAUACCAAAAGUGAGUGAAAUAAAUUUGAUUUGUGCUACUUUAUCUGGACACCUGGAUCCUGUUGUUUUUGUAUCACCACCUGAACAUGUCACAUCUUCAUGCUCCACAGAUGAGACAAUUGUAGCAGAUUCAGAGCCAGAAAUAGAAAUCAUAUCAGUUUCUACAUCUUCUAAAAGUCAAAAAUUAGAAUCUGUUGAAGAUGAAAAAGGGAAAAUAUCUGUUUUUCAUAGUGUAGAAUCUGUUCAACAUGAAGUGGAAACUAUUGUUCAUGAUCCAAUAGAUCCAGUAAAAACCGAUGAAUACAUAAAUAUAGCCACAAAUGAUACAAAAGAUGAUGAAAUUACACCUGUAAAUGGGAUUUCAGAUGUUAUUUUUAGCCAAGAUUUGAUCAUUCGAGAUACAAAUUUACCAUCUUCUCUGCCUUCUCCUACUAAAAGCCAAGUUUUGGACUUUAAACGAUUUAAAAAGAUGGAAACUCAAUCAGGAAAUAGUUUCUACAAUCUUGUGCCUUUUUCAAAGAAUCCUUACAAAGGAUCUGAAUAUGAGAAUGAGGGAGUAGCGGAGUCUGUGAAGGAAGAAAAAAAGCGUAAACAAAGUGAGGCUGUUGCAGAUGAUUUAUUCAACAACGCUAAGGCCAAGAAGCGUGGAGCAGCUGGUUUUAUUCAGGGGCUUUUUAAUCGAAGAUGAUGUAGGUAUUGUAUGUUGGUUGUUUAGGAACAAAGUGUAAAAUUAUUGAAAAUGCUGAAAGGUUUUUGUAA